GUCACGUGCACCGCCCCCUAGAGCCGGAAGAGCGCUGUGCAGCCUGUGAUGUCUGCUGAGGUCCUCCAGGGCUGCAGUCCAGAGACCAUCCAGCAGCCCACAGAUAAUUACUCCAUUACGGGACCAUGUCGGGGUCAGCAGCAAAUGGUAGACCAGGAGUUGGAGUUGGCGUUGUGAUCACACAUCCUUCCUAUCCUGGCUGUGUUUUACUAGGACAGAGGAAAGCUAAAGGCUCGCCAGGGGCAGGCAUGUAUCAACUGCCAGGAGGACACCUAGAAUUUGGGUAUGAGUACCUUGCUUUAGCAGUACAUUGUGAAAGCUGGGAGGCUUGUGCUGAGCGGGAAACUCUUGAAGAAGCUGGACUUCACCUGAAGAAUGUCCGCUUUGCUUCAGUGGUGAACUCAAUCAGUAGUGAACACAAUUAUCACUAUAUUACAAUAAUAAUGAAAGGAGACAUAGACCUGAAUUAUCCAUCAGAACCUACAAACUUAGAGCCGGAAAAAAAUGAAGGCUGGAAUUGGGUCAAUUGGGAAGCAUUUCCUCCAAAUGACCAACUGUUCUGGGCCUUAUGCUGCUUGAGAAAACAAGAAUAUGAUCCUUUUAGUGAAAAUUUUGACCAUCUCCAUCCAGUACAGCAAUAAUGAUCCUGUUGGACUUUAGCUUUCACUGUGUUCUGUAAUGUACAGUAUCUUCAUGCUAUGUUUAUAUGAAUAGCUGUUUUAUUAGUUAUUGCAGUUUUCAGCUAAAAAUGUGUAUACAUUCGAAUUUUGUGGCGAUUUGCCACAUAUUACCUUUUGCAUUUCAAAUCCAAACCACAGAGUAAUUUAUUCUGUGGGAUUUUUUUUCAGCAGAGUAUGGAUGAGAUUUGCUGGCCUCAUGCAUAUGACCAUAAGUGUUUUGCAGUCAGCAAAAUGCGGAUCUGCAAAAUACAGAUGAUAUUCGUGUUGCAUCAUUUUUUUUAAGCGGCCCCAUUGACUUGAAUGGGUUCCAGGUCCACAUUUUGUGGCCGAGAAUAGGAAAUGUUUUAUCUUUUGCAGACUGGACAUACAGAUGCGGAAAGCACGUAGAUUAUCCGUGUGCUUUCCACAUCCGUAUGCCUGUUCUGCAAAAGAUAAAACGUGUUAUUCUUGGCCACAAAAGUGGAUGCAGCAGAGAGGACAUUUGCAGACCACAAAAUACAUCCGGUAGUGUGCAUGGGGGCCUUAAUCUCAUCCGCUUUGCUGGUACUGUAGUACACUGGAUUUAUAGCACACCAACCCAUGUGGAUGUACCUGAAACUGAAUCUUAAUCUAAUUUUUAAUAAAAUGCACAACAAACGAUGCCAUUUAA